AUAAGUGUACUUAGUGGAAUUGCCGUUGCCAGUAUGUAUCAUUCCAUAUCUGAAACCAGUCAUCCCUUGCAGGCAGAGGAACAAGAAAUAGGCAUUGAUCCCUUGCAGAGUUAUUUAAAUAAGCCUGAUGAAGAGAUGUCAGUGAUUACCUGAUGGUGUGCUUCCUAGUGAGCACAGACUACAGCAUCAUAAGUGUACUGGAGCUCAAUGAUGGAGGCCAGGGUGGGUCUUGGCUUUGACUUGAAAUCGGCUGAAGUUAAACUACUUAACAUCCAAUAGCUGGUGAGCACUGAAGAUCAAGUUGUGCCUCUUGAUGCCCUAAAUCCACAUUGAGAUUUUGAGAGGAGCGCUUCAGCAAAUGGAAGGAGAUGGUUCAGGAGGGCUCUUGCAAUGAUCUUUUCUGUGGUGGACACCAAGGGGAUCCCUCUGUUUCCACAGUUGGACUUUCUCUUCUUUCUUGAAGAUUGUCACAUGAUCCUUGAGGUCAUCUGGGAUUUCUUCAUCAUUCCAGAUCCUUAAGAUGAGGGCAUGAAGAUAUGAUGUGAGCUCCAUUCCCCUCUGUUUAAAGAUAUCUGUGGGGAUUCCAUCUGCUUCAGAUGCCUUGUCAUUUUUCAUCUAUUUGAUGGUUUUCUUCACCUUGUCAAGGGCCGGAGGCAUUCUGAGAUCAUCUCUGACUGGGUGUUGUGGGAUGGAGUUGAGAACAACCCUCUUGUCAACAAGAGAGUCUCGAUUGAGAAGGAUAGGAUAGGCUUCAUCAACCAUCUUCAGACACGCAGGAGGAUCAAGUGAGAAUGGAAAGAUGCAUCAUACCUCAGAUUCGAAUGGAACAUUUAUUUCUUACAGUAAAGAAUGGGAAGAACUAUUUGUAAACAACAAUUACUUGGCAACAAUACGGCUGAAGGGGAUUAAUGGGCAGCUGAGAAGCAGCAGGUUCCGUAGUGUUUGCUGGAAGCUGUUUCUAAAUGUUCUACCCCAAGAUAAAUGUCAGUGGAUAGGUAAAACUUCAAACUUAAGAACAUCAUAUAACAAGAUUAAAGAGAUACAUAUAACAAACCCUCGAAAAGCUGGGCAGCAAGACCUGAUUAUCAACAAUCCACUUUCACAGGAUGAGGGGAGUCUUUGGAACAAAUUUUUCCAGGAUAAAGAGCUUCGAGCAAUGAUUGAGCAAGAUGUGACAAGAACAUUUCCUGAAAUGCAGUAUUUCCAGCAAGAGAAUGUGAGAAAAAUUCUUACAGAUGUUCUGUUCUGUUAUGCUAGAGAAAAUGAGCAGUUGCUUUAUAAACAGGGUAUGCAUGAACUUUUAGCGCCGAUAGUCUUUAUCCUGCAUUGUGACCACCAAGCUUUUCUACAUGCCAGUGAAGCUGCCCAGCCAAGUGAGGAAAUGAAAGUUCUUUUGAACCCUGAAUAUCUGGAACACGAUGCCUAUGCGAUGUUCACACAUCUUAUGGAAACUGCGGAACACUGGUUUUCAACUUUUGAGCAUGACAGUCAGAAGGAGAGAGAUGCAAUGAUGACACCUAUGCCAUUUGCCAGGCCACAGGAUUUAGGCCCAUCUAUUGCUAUUGUAACUAAAGUAAACCAGAUCCAAGAUCAUCUGCUGAAGAAGCAUGAUAUUGAGCUGUAUAUGCAUCUGAACAGGCUAGAAAUUGCUCCACAGAUUUACGGACUACGAUGGGUUAGACUGCUUUUUGGACGAGAAUUUCCACUUCAGGACCUUCUUGUUGUUUGGGAUGCAUUAUUUGCUGACAGCAUCACUCUUGAUUUAGUUGACUACAUUUUUGUAGCUAUGUUGUUAUAUAUUAGAGAUGCCUUGAUCUCAAGUAACUAUCAGACCUGUUUGGGACUUCUGAUGCAUUAUCCACCAAUUGGAGAUGUACAUUCACUCAUCCUAAGAGCACUCUUUCUUAGAGAUCCAAAGAAAAAUCCCAGACCAGUGACUCACCAAUUCCAACAGAAUUUAGAUUAUUACAAAGCACGUGGGGCAGAUUUGAUGAAUAAGACUCGUGCCAGUGCUAAGGUUGCUCCACUGAACAUUAAUAAAGUCUCCAAUAGCUUGCUUAACCUUGGUCGAAAGCUGAUUGCACCAGCUAUUGCUUCAGGUGGUGCUUCAGGCUCAGCUAUUGGUAGUAGUAGCAUCAGCAGCAGCUUUCCUUCGGGUGCGGUGCCUAUCAGAAGCACAGCAGAAGCCUCCCAGCUUUACUACUACCAGCAGGCACAGCAGCAACAGCAGAGAAUGAUGAAAUCAGAAAGCAUGCCAGUCCAACUGAGCAAAGGAGAUGUAGUUACAGGCAGCGAAGCUCAGGUGCCUGUUCCUGCCCAGAAUCUUACUGCCCUCCAAGAUGUGGAAGCAGCAGGACCAGGAGAACACCAGAUGCCUUUAGCAACAGGCCAAAGUUCAAAGAAUGUCAGCGCAUCUCCAAGCACAGAGAGCUUGUCUGGAGGACGUGAAUAUACGGGGUCUCCUCCCUUGUCUGCAUCCAAGAAAGAUUCCUUUUUCAGUACCAUCUCCCGUUCUCGUUCCCACAGCAAAACUAUGGGAAGGAAGGAGUCUGAAGAAGAACUAGAGGCCCAAAUUUCAUUUCUCCAAGGACAGCUAAAUGACCUAGAAGCCAUGUGUAAAUACUGUGCAAAGAUGAUGAACACACAUCUUGGAAAUAUUCAAGAAGUCAUAUUACAAGAACACUUGGAGAAAGAAGAUGAAAUUCUGGUAUCCCUGGCUGGUUUGAAGCAGAUCAAGGAUAUUCUGAAGGGUUCUCUACGUUUCAAUCAGAGUCAGCUGGAGGCUGAAGAAAAUGAGCAGAUCACGAUAGCAGAUGAUCAUUACUGUUCUUUGAGUCAAAACAAGGAGACAGGGGAUUCCCUAAAAGGACCUGUUUUGAUGAAGCCACGCUCGCUCUCAGCAUGUCAGGCUAUCACUAAACCAAGAACUGGAGAGAGCAGAAGCACUGAUGACUAUAUCCUGGUUUCCAAAGAAGAGGAAGGAAACAGAAGUUCUCUGCCUGAGCAUAGACUUCUUCAAGCACACAGGGAGGGAGCCAUGAAGAAUGAGGCUCCAUCUCGCUCUUCUUUGGUCUUCUCUGAUCCUCUCAUGGGCUCUAUUUCAGCAUCUUCUAGUAACCUAAGUUCCAGCCCUGAUGAUGACAGUAGCAAUAAUAGCAAGGAUUCUGACUUCACUAUUGUUAGUCCUUUGGACAUCUAAAUAUAAACAGCUUUGGAGAGUUUGUGAGGUCAAUUACUACACCUCAGCUGAAAUAACUUUGAUUCCACAGGGCAGGAUGACUCAGGAAGACAAAAGGUAUGCAAAGUAACCCAUUUCAGCUGCUAGAAGUCUAAAUAGUAAAUCAGAGCAGAAAUUUGGUUGCAUCUCUUAAAGAAAAAAAAGAAAGAAAAUAAAAAGGAGAAUAUCCUUAAUAACUGAUUGAAAUACAUACAUUGUCAUAGCCAGAUCUAAUAUACAACUACUGUUAGUUGUAGAAUUAUCUUAGUUAGCAUCUUCGGUUACUAAAAAACUGUUUUUCAUCACCUAAAACAAUAUAUUGUAAUGGUUAGUAAAUUAGUUAAUACUUGGCAUAACACCUAAAAAUAGAGGCAAAGCUCGGCUAAUUAUUUACUUCUUCAAAAUGUGCCACAUUGGGUUUUCUUCAUAAGAAGGCUAUUUCUUCAAGGACAGAAAAGGAAGGGAUGUAUAUCAAAAGGACUACAAAUAACAACUGCAAGUCAUAAACAGCAGAAAUGUCUUGGUAGUCUCCUUAAAAAGAGAAACACUGAACAAGAAAAGAGCAGCAGAUCAAAUGUAAGAGAGCAUCAGUUUAAGUUUAAAAUAGCAACUUUAAAUUGCUGGGAAUUUAGAAUAUCAAUUAGAUGAUCUUGAAUUUUAAUAUUUAGUCAAAUGAUUGAAUGUCUGUGUUGAGUAAUGAUCCUUUGGAAUAGCUAAAUGACUCUAAAUGUUUAAGAACUGCAUGGCCCCUUUUGUUUAUAGAAACAAAGUUAAUUCUUGUUGAUGAUUUUUGUUCACAAAACUCUGUCAAGGUUGAAAAAAUAACUCGCUGACAAAACAUAUGACCUGAAAUCAUCUCCAUUAUAAGUUGACUAGAAACACUGUCCACUUCCCCAAAAGAGUUCUGAAUUUGAAGGGACCGCAUGAUUUUGUUUGUUCACCCACAGAAAACUGAGCUGGCUUUUGCUGGAGGGUUGCUUCUCUCCUCAGUAGGAGCCUCUGCUUCCUGAUUAUAGAUGUAGGCUGCAGGCCUAUUUAUGAAAAAAGCGAGAUAGAGGUUGAAAAUGGAAAUUUUGAGCAAAAUAUGGACUUGUUUAAAAUCUUUUUACCUUAUUGGAGUAAUUAGUUCUGUUGGGAUAAGGAAAAAAAGCGAGAGAACUAUACUUUGAUCCCAGGGGCUUCCCUCUUCAGUGAGAGAAUGGUUAUUAAUGAAUGAAUUUAUUAGUUUUGGGUCUAAAAGAGGUCAUUUAAAAAAACUAAUGGAGACAAAGAAAUCUCCCUCUGCAAGUAGAUUUUAACUUUUCUUUUUGAUGCUGAAGGUGGCUCUGCUCAGAUACUAGUAUGACACCAGGUUCCUUGUCAUCCUACAAGAACUUCACAUUGAUUUGUUUGACAUAUUGAAGUCUUUCUCACCUGUGUGUUAGAGGAACCAGGUAGCAAAUUCUUUGAAAGCAUGGGGAUCUGAAAAACAGUCCUCCUUCCCAUCAGAGGCAGUAAUACACCCCUUUUUCCUAAUUGUAAUUGACUAUUUUUGAUCUCACCAGAAAGAAUUAAUUGUUUACUGAGAUUAACUUGUCUAAAGCAGUAGCUUGCUAGGGGAAUUUAACCAUCUGAUGGUGUUAGAUAUAAGCAGAUUGAAUUAAAACAGCUUCCAGCUGUUGGGUGAAGAUGAUAACUUAUCAGGGAAAGGGGAAAAGAGCUCUGAGGCACUUAUAAUUAAAAGCGCUUUAUAUCUGGUUGCUACGAACCAUGUAUUCUCUAGGUGUAAAUGUGAUUAUAUGAUUUCCCUACUGCUAGUCAAAAAGCAAUGGUUCAGUGAAGUGUCACUGAAAAAAUUCUAAUUAACUUCAUAACUUGUUUUUCUAAUUGGAAAAUGAUAUCUUAUACCCAUGAAAUGUAUACCACAUCUUUUUUUUUUUUAGUGUUUUCUUUAACUGAAAAUAAAACUUUGCAUUCCAAAACCACUUUUAUGAUCCCUGGCAGUCACAACAGGAAAUGAUUUAUAAAUGGAAGGCUACUUUUUCUGAGCUAUGUUCAUGCACUUGUUUAAAGAAUGCUGCUAAUUUACUAUAUUUACAACAGCAGAAAUCCCCUUGGUAUGUAAAUUACUAUUUUGAAAUAUGCAUACAAUAGAACCAUGCAGUAACUUUCUAAUUGUGUGGUUAUUGUUAUGGACUGUGAUAUUUAAUGGUACAUACUUACAAACUAGUUGGUAAUUGGAGUUAAGUAUAAUAGUUGAAAGAUUAGUUAACUUGUUUGCUGGACUUGGGUUUUACAAGAUCUUGGUCUCAAAGACUGAAAUUAAGAGAUAAUUAUUGGGUUAUUAGCUGGUAGCUGUCACAUACACAGUCAAAAACUACAGGGUAAUUCAGCUGCUACUAUUUGUGCCUCGUAAAAUGAAGGAAUACUGAAAUGUUAUGAUCAGGCUUAGCCUGGUACAUGUAUGAGACAGGUUGAUGUGAACACUGUUGAAGACAGCUUGUUUAAAUGACAUCUGAAAUGUAUAAGAUUUGUGAGGGAGGGGUUAUGCUGAUUUAAUUCUAGCUCUCUCAUUUUUAAACCUUCACCGAAAGGUAGUUAAGUGUUCAGCCUGCAUUCCUGUAUACUGGUGGGAUUUGGGGUCUGUUUUGGUUUGGUUUGGUUUUAAAUCUCCAUAAAUUUUUUAUGGAUGCCAAGGGAUUAACUGGCUGUUGAUUUAUUUAGAUCCUUCAAGCUUUUCCAGCCUUAACCCCAUUCAGCAAGAGUUGUUGCUACUGUGGUGCAUCUGUCCAGAAAGAACAUAUGUUAAGAGGGAAGAAAUGUUUUUGAGACUGAGAGAAUUGAGAAACAUAGUUGUUGCAUGCUCCAGCAGUUUGGUAGCAAGGGGAGAUACUUUUAGCCUUUAUUUUUCUGUUUCCUUUUUUUGUAAUUGUUUUAGAAGAUACUCUUGUUUUCUCUUCAUUUUGUAUCAGGGAUCUCACAGUUGUUCUCCUGAGCAGUUUCAGUGCCAUAAAAGAAUAUGAUUUGUACAGUUGCUUUAUUUUUUUAAGUUAGUAGAUCUUUAAUGUCAUACAUUUUUUUUAAGCCAUGCUAAAAAUAUGCAUUUUUUUGUUGUUCUAAAGUUUGCAAUAAUCAGUGAAUCCCUGUUACCUGAAUGCUUAUUAUACCAGGGGAUUUGAACAAAAUCUCAGUGGUACAGUGAUGCUUGUAAAAAUUAUUUGAAUGAAUGCCAUUAGUAGAUGAAUCCACUUCAGUUAUUAUAACAUGUUCUUCUACAUCUGAAAUAUGUUUGUGGCUGCUGUUUAAUCAUACUGAAAAUGUAGUUAGACUUUUAUAUAUAUAUAUAUAUAUAUAUAUAUUAAGCCAAAUAUAGUUAUAGGUUAGACAGAAUGUCAGAUAUUCACCCUAUUUUGCCUUAUGUUAGUGAUGUACCGAGGAAGAAAUUGCUACUUUAAAACAUCAGAUUAUUCCUUCUUCCAGAGGUGACACGAUCAUACUGUCCAUGGAUAACAGAAAAUAAUAUGCAUUACAAAUUACCGAUGAGUGCUAAUGUGGGACGUUAAAAAAUAUACCUGAGCCUAGCUGAGGCUUCUUGUACUGUAUCUCACAUCUGUAACAUAAAUGUUUCAAGUCUGGCAUGCCAUGUCACUUGUACCCUACUGCAGAUAGAUGGCAACUGUAUUUUGACUGGGUAUUCACUUAGUUGUGGAAAUUUUGUAUCUUUGUUCUGGAAGGAUGUCUAGCUUGCUUUAUUAAAGAAAGAACUAACAAAUGCAAA